AUAAAUCUUUCAUCCAGCGCUGAACUGCAUAAAUAAAGAAGGAAGAAGCGUCCGGACUGUGACUCUCCUGAGAGUAUGGCCGGCUUCAGAACCUACCGCACCACUGUGAAACUCGAUAACUGGUUUGAGGACCGGCUGUUGGAGGAGGAUGAAGAAAACCAACACCUGGCUAAAGUGCAGAAAGGGGAGCUCAACGCUCAGAAAGUGGACUUCAUCAAGCACCACAUGAUGAGACCGGUGCAACUCACCGUGUCGGCGGACAAAAGACUGCAUUUCGGGGACGUAGUGAUGCUGCUGAACAUCGAGGGAGAAAACCCAGUGUGCACCACGCUCAGCGUCAACGCCGAGAUGAACCCGUUGAGAAAGAUUCCCUUUGCUUCCAUCGUGGCUCCGUGUGGAGUCAGUGGUGGGAGGCGACUCCAGGCUUGCGUGCGCACUGCCUUUGUCAUCACAAGUGUGGACGGCACCCCUGAAGGAUGUCCGCUGCUCUUUGACCAGAGCUUUGCACUGAGAACAACCAGUGGGUUCGCUGGAGGACUUUACUUGACAAGUGAACCUCGAAGUUUCCACAAGAGUGCAAAGCUGUCCCGCCUCCAGGAAGUCAACUUGGAAUCCGAGUUGACCUUUGAGUCAUGGUGGAAGGUCGUAUUCUUUGACCCCGAGGAGAGAAUGGAAUUCGAAGGUCGACCCGUACCUGCCAACGUGAGGGUGGUGAUCGUGCACUGCAAGACCAACCAGGCGCUGGCUGUCCUGGGGAACUUUGUCCAGGCGUACUCGCGCUUCACAUUUCCUCAAGCUUUUCCCCAGACAUUCUCCCACUCACCGUCCUUUUUUCUUUCCAGAACCAUCUACGGCAACGAAUUCGAGGUGACCGCACACUCCUUCCUCGACUGUCACAGGACUGAACGGGACAACAACCACUGGAUUGUGUGCACCGGCGACCCAUCGGGGGAAGGACUGCUGUUCUUCAGCCGCACGCUGUCAGUCGCUGCCGGAAUGGAGACCAUCGAGCAGUGCAGGAAGGAAUUCAGCUUGAGCAACAUAAAGGAGGGUCCGGGUGAGAAUCAAGAAGCUCUGAGGGCAACACUCAAACCUACUCAAAAUGACAGGAAAUAGACCACAACCCUUUUAGAUGAGAAGGUUACAUUGGGCACUAGAGUUUUAGAGAGUAACUCUCAGUCUCAGGAUGAACCUGGGCUACUCUUGGUUCUUUCAGUGGCUGUCACUCGUGAACCAUGCCAUGACGCUUGAACUCCUCCUGACAGAAGCACAUCAUCUGCAGCGUCACAGCUGAAGCCAAUAGCAAGCGAAGCUAACUGUGGCAGUGGACUGACAAUGCUCGCAUUGUUGCAACGACGUGUUUAUCGUGACUUUCCUUUAAGCAUCAGCACAUUCGCAGUAUGGCUCAUGUGACGACUGAUUUAAUUUUCCAAACCUGCCGUGCUGAUCCCAGCACUUCCAAGGAAACAAUAAACACGCUCGGUGAAACACGUGCUGAUGAAGAGGAAUGUCAACACGGCUGACACCUGUCGUCGCCUUUUUCAUGUUUCACACUAUUGAUUUUUAAAAUUGCAUCUUCGCCUUUCAAUAAAUGAAUCAGCAAAAGGGUGGCCGGGCUGAUGGUGGCGCUGUAUUAUCACUUCAGCAGGUUUCCCACGCAAGAGGCCGAGCGCUCUAUCAUAUAUUGCCCCUCAGUGGAAGCCCUCACCUGCCAUUCAAAUGAAGCAUCAAUAGAAUAUCACGUUAGGCUUCAGUCGACAUGGACGUGGAUGAAUUUGGACCAGAUGGGAAACAUUCUUUGGAGGUUUUCAUAUCCUGUCUUGAGCAGGAAGGAAACCUGAAUGACAACCUGGGAUUGCCAGUUUAAAAAAAAAAGCGUGUGGUCACGUGUGUUUGUAGAAUAAAUAA